CAACCAUGGCUGACAACACAGCUGAUGCUGAUUCAGUUUUACGCCGACGAAAGAAAUUAGAAGGAAAGAAAAAGGAUGAAAAUGUUACAAAAGAGAAAAACAAAUCGUCCUUCCCAUCUGCAUUGGGUGAAGGAAGCGUGACAUUUAAAACAAAGCUUGAAACAGGGUCCUACUGGCUCACAAGAAUUGUUCUCAUCAGAUACAUUGGGUUCAUUUAUUUUGUGGCCUUCUUGGUUGCUCUUCACCAGAAUAAGCCUUUGCUUGGCUUACAAGGACUGUUGCCUGCUCAACACUUUCUUGACAACAUUAAGAGCAGGACAGCUGUCAACCACUGGGACACAUACACCGCUGUACCUUCCCUUGUGUGGCUCAUUGAUUAUCAUGAACAUCUGGACGAUUUUCUUGACUAUGUAGCAUAUGCAGGUAUUGGUCUAUCAGUAUUCUUGAUGGUCAACGGAGGAGCCAACUGGUUGAUAAUGUUCACACUUUGGGUUUUGUACCACUCCCUUGUUAACGUUGGUCAGAGAUGGUAUGGAUUUGGUUGGGAAUCCCAGCUACUGGAAACCGGCUUUCUUGCCAUAUUCCUUUGUCCGGUCAUCAGUGUCCAGAAACUACCACGAGGCACUCCAACCUCGCAGAUAGUUUUGUGGGGCUACCGUUGGUUGAUCUUCAGAAUCAUGAUUGGGGCUGGGUUGAUAAAGAUCAGAGGAGACCAAUGCUGGAGAGAUCUUACAUGUAUGAACUACCAUUAUGAGACACAACCAGUGCCUAACCCAAUGUCAUAUUACAUGCAUCAGUCCCCUGAGUGGUGCCACAAGUUUGAGACAGCAUCCAAUCAUUUCAUAGAACUUGUGGCUCCGCCCCUUAUACUUCUGCCUUGGCCCCGGAUAUUAAGACACAUCGGAGGGAGCAUUCAAAUUCUAUUCCAGGUUGUGCUAAUAAUAAGUGGAAACUUAAGUUUCCUUAAUUGGCUAACAAUUUUGCCAAGUCUUGCAUGCUUUGAUGACGCAAGCCUUGGAUGGAUGUUUUCUCGGUCAGUAAGACAGGAGGUUUGUGCCAUACAGCAGGAUGAGAAACAAGGAAAUAUUAAAAAAGGGCCAGGGAAUUUCAUUCGACGUGUUUUCAACAUCACAUUGGGCAUGCUUAUUGCCUAUCUCAGCAUUCCAGUUGUCCAGAAUCUGAUGUCGUCAAGGCAACACAUGAACACUUCUUUUGACCCACUGCGAUUGGUCAAUACAUAUGGAGCUUUUGGAAGUGUUACCAAGGAGCGAACAGAGGUAAUCUACCAGGGUACAUAUGAUAACCCAAUGGCUUCUGAUGCCAAAUGGGAGGAGUAUGAGUUUAAAUGUAAACCAGGCAAGAUUGGUCGCCGUCCCUGUGUUAUCUCCCCUUAUCAUUACAGACUAGACUGGUUAAUCUGGUUUGCGGCUUUUCAGAAUGCUAACAGCAACCCUUGGAUUAUAACACUGGCAGCAAAACUGUUGGAAAAUGACAACAGUACCAUAUCACUCAUUGCUUACAAUCCUUUUGAAGGGAAAGAUCCGCCAAGGUAUAUCAGAGUUCAACAUUACAGCUACAAGUUUACAAAAAUAGGCAGCAAAGAUGCGCAGCAAGGUCGAUGGUGGAAAAGAAGAAAAAUAGGAGAAUAUCUUCAGCCAGUAUCACUGGAAUCUCUCAAACCAUACCUUGACAGCAUUCACUUUAGCUCAGGGACAAAACGGUCCCGGGGAAAGAAGAAAAGAUCUUAAAAACGGCAGAAUAUUACAUUACAUUUGCUCAUCUGUAACACUGUAACAGUUGGGCUAUUGUGAUAGCAUUGGUGUCGUAGUCAUCAUUAAGGUGUUCAAACAAAUUUACAUUGGCCAUAAUUCAAAGAACUGGUGAAGAUAUUCCAAUGAAACUUUGUACACAUGUUUCCAGAGACAAUAUGCACGUUGAAGAUAUUCCAAUGAAACUUUGUACACAUGUUUCCAGAGACAAUAUGCACAUUGAAGAUAUUCCAAUGAAACUUUGUACACAUGUUUCCAGAGACAAUAUGCACGUUGAAGAUAUUCCAAUGAAACUUGGUACACAUGUCUUUUUAUGCAUUGAUCUGGUUUGGUUUGAAUCAUUUAGUUUUAUUUAUUUCAUUUGCAUACAAUCAACUUUCUGGCAUGGUCCAGUUACAAUAUAUACAUAAACAAUUCUCCUAUACAUGUGUCCAUAUAUUUACUAGAUGACAUAUUAAGUCCAUUGUUUGUUAAUUUUAUGAUAAACAUCUUAAUCAUUCCUUCGUUCUCCAAUGUUUAAUCUUUAAACUAACCUGUUUUUUUGUUGUUACUGUUGUUGAUUGAUAAAAUAUGACGGAAUGUAGAUACAUUUUAAAACAUAUACCUUUGUGUUCACAUAAUCAGCAGAAUCAUAAUGUAACCAGACCGGUGUUGUAUCAGUCUUAGACUAUCGUUAUAUCUCAAUCCAAGUGCCUAUGAUAUUUAAAGCCUUUGUACACUGCCCCAAAUUUCUCGAAACAUAUCUUGAGCCAAAUAAGCUUACGUCCCUUAUUUCAUUAAACUUAUGUUGGUACUUUAUCCUUAUUUCACUAAAUACAAAUUAAUUUAUCGUGAUUAUCAUUCCAUUUAAAAGUUCAAAUACUCUUAAGGAUGUAAAUAUUUUACAAAUUCUACAAAAACAGUAUUAAAACAGUCGAACCCCGUUGGCUCGAACUCCCAGGGACCGGCGAAAAUACCUUGAGCCUGGGAAAUUCGAGCCAAGCGGGAAUGUUUACCUUCAGUUUAAAGAAAUCGGUCCUUUACGUCUAGUUCGAGCCAACGAGGAGUUCGAGCCAAACGAGUUCGUGCCAACGAGGUUCGACUGUUAUAAACGUAGCUUAACCCUGUAACAGGGACUAAGAUAUUCCGAGCAAUUGGGCCCUGGAUCCGUGUUCACUGACGUCUUGAGACUCGGGGCUCAGAAAACUGAAUUCUUGAUUGUUUCAAAUUAUCUACUAUUUAACAACGUUUUACAAAAGAUGUCUGGCCCUAAUUUCUCAAAAGUUCUUAAGAAUCACUCGCUUAAGUAAUUUAUUUCAUUUAGCAAAAUUACUUACAUAUAAUUUUAUAAAACAAAAAGUAGUUUAUCUUAGUUAAUCUCAAAUAUUAGUUCCCUUAAAAGCCCCAAAACUCCUUAAAAAGAUAAUAUUACACAUUUUAUACCCAAUUAAAAAUAAUGUGCUGAUCUUGAUCCUAUUAUAAAGGACUAAAGUGUUUCGAGAAACUGGGGCCAGCUGUUUGAUUGUUGAAUAGAUUAUGUGUAAUAGGUACAACAACUUUUACCAUCUUUGCUCCUGUAUCAGCAUCGCCGUGAAUAUGACCACAGGGGCCAUGAUAACUGUCUCAAGCCAAGUCUAGACUCGGAUUAAAAAAACAAACAUUUUUAUAAAGGAACAAAAAAUCAUAUUUAUUUCAUUUCUUUUACAAAAAAAAAUGUAAAUAAUAGUAAAACAUUCAAAUAGUAAUAUAUAUUUAGCAAAUUUUAGCAUCAAUGCUCUGAUAGAAGGAAAAUUACAAUGAAAUGAAGUUUUGCCAUAAUGAGUCUUGAGUCUGAACUCGGACUUGAAUCUGUUCGUAAUCACUGCUCCAGGUCUUUUGCGAAUGAAUGUUGAUUUUGGUGUAAGAUUUAUUUUAAUUUUGUUUAAAUAAAUGCAUUUCAAAUGCCUUUUCAGUUUAUUGUCAACUUUAAAUA